CAUGAUUGCCGUUGUUGCUCGAAAUAUGGAUCUAAUAAAAGAAUUGUUAAAAUGUAACGCAUCUUUAAAAUUGGCUGAUGUUCAUGGUGACAAUAUCUUCCACCAUUGUGCCAAAUCAGACGAUAUUAAUAUUUUAAAGGUCUUAGCAUCAAAAGACAACGAAGCGAUAAAUCAAUUAAAUAUUACUGGCGAAAGUCCUUUACAUACUGCUUGUGAAAAUGGGCUAGAUAAAAUGAUUAGCCCUUUAUUACAAUUUGGAGCAAGGUUAGAUGAGACUAAAUCUGUGAGAUACCCGAUACAUUGUGCCGUUAUUUCGGAUUCCGUAAAGUCUGUAGAAGAGAUAUUAAAUUGGGAAAGUAAACAGGUUCAUACUCGGCAUAGCGAUGGUUCGACACCCUUGCAUCUUUGCCGAUCAUUAGAGAUGCUGACACUGUUAUGCGGAAAAGAUGCUGAUGUAAAUGCAUCUAAUAUGGACAGCGAAACACCCUUAAUAAUAUUCAUAAAGGAAAAAAAGGUUGACUGUGUCAUGAGUUUAUUAUCAAGAUCCGCCAAUCCUUCGUUAGCUGAUAAGGAUGGUAAUAAUCCCUUGCACUGGGCAAUUAAAAGCUGCAGCCUGCAAUUGAUAAAGGCUUUACUGGUUUUUGGAGCCGAUGUUAAUACUAGAAACAAUGCGGGUGUUUCUGCUCGUCACCUUGCAGCCGUUUCCCAAUUGCCCGAGGCAAAAAAAGUUAUCUAUCUUCUGCAAAGGAUUGGAGCAGAAAAAUGUUCUCCAGACACUCCAGGAUGUGUGGACGGCUGCGCGCAUUGGUCAAAUUCAAAAGGAGAAGAACCAGAGCAGGAGGCUUCAACACCAAUUGAGGAUACACUAAAAAGAGAGUACUUUGACGCUGUCAUGACCAACACAAUAGAUGCUGCUAAGCAGAGAAGAUCUGGCGAUAGAGUUCUUUGUAUGGAUGGGGGUGGUAUUAAAGGUUUGGUGCUAAUUAAGUUAUUAUUAGCGUUAGAAAAAAUAGCAAAAAAACCUGUUCGAGAACUUUAUGAUUGGAUUGCGGGAACGAGUACGGGAGGAAUUUUAGCACUAUAUAUAGCUAUGGGUAAACCCCUCCUUGAUGCGCAGUCAAUGUACUUUCGGUUAAAAAAUGAAACUUUUAAGGGUAGCCGCCCCUAUGAUGCAACUCCAUUGGAAGAUUUUAUGAAACGCGAAUUUGGAGAAUUUACAACGAUGAAUGAAAUAACAGGAAUAAAAGUCAUCGUGACGGCUUCAUUGGUAGAUCGUUUUCCCGCUGAUUUACAUUUAUUCACUAAUUAUGAGAAACCCGGUUACGAUUAUAACAGAGCUAAACGUGAGAGUAAAUUAUUCGUUCCUCCAAAACCGCAAGACGUUCCGAUAUGGAAAGCAGCUAGAUCGAGUGGGGCUGCGCCAACCUACUUCCGUGCUAUGGAUCAAUUUAUGGAUGGUGGAAUUAUAGCUAAUAAUCCAACUUUAGACGUAUUAACAGAAAUUCAUGAAUAUUAUUGCGGAUUAGCUAUUCAAGAAAAGAGAAGCUCUUGUAAUGCUAUAAAGUCUUUACAUGUUGUCGUUUCGAUUGGUACUGGUCUUCCUCCUAUUAAACAAACUAAUGCGUUCGAUGUGUUUAAACCUGAGGGAUUUUUGGAUCUGCCUAAAAUAGCUAUUGGAGCUUCCAAUCUGGCUAAAACGAUAAUUGAAUCGGCUACUGAGGCUAAUGGAAGAAGUGUAGAAAGAGCUAGAGCAUGGUGUAGUUCCAUUCAAGUUCCAUUUUUUAGAUUUUGUCCUAAUUUAAGCGAAGACAUUCCUCUAAAUUGUACGGAAGACGAUAAAUUAAUCAAUUUGCUAUGGGAAGUUCAAAUUUAUAUUCACGAUCAUUUCCAAGAACUUGUGCAAUUAGUUGAAGUACUUACUUAUUAA